CUCUUCACUUUCUCACACUUUCUCACUACCCGUUGGAGCCAAACAGUGUCUCUCUCUCUCUGUCUUCCUUUCUUUCUCAAUUGCUUUCUCUCUCUAAAGUUGUUUUCUUUCUCUCUCAUCAGUGAACCGGAACAUGAGAAGAAGAGUGGGUAUUACAGACCACCAUAACCGGUUAUGAAUCCGAGCACUGAACCACCACCAUUACCACCUCAACCGCCGCAGCCCCACCGUCCUUCCACCUCCUGCGACCGUCAUCCGGAGGAGUCCUUCACUGGCUUCUGCCCUUCAUGCCUUUGCGAACGACUCGCCGUACUCGAUCACUCCUCUUCAUCAGCUACUGCUUCAUCUUCUCGAAAACCCCCCACUUCAUCCACCGCCGCCGCCGCCCUUAAGGCCAUUUUCAAACCCAGUACUUCUUCCUCUUCUGCGGCCGUUGCUGCUGCUGGUGCCGGACCUACUUCGGGGAAUCGUAACCGACCCACUUCGUUUUUCCCUGAGUUGCGUCGAACCAAGUCCUUCUCGGCUUCUAAGAACGAGGGGUUUUCCGGUGUUUUUGAGCCCCAGAGGAAGUCCUGUGACGUUAGGGUUAGGAACACUCUCUGGAAUCUUUUCACUCAAGACGACGUGAGGUAUCCUGGUGGUAAGAAAGAGUGCUCGAAACCGGGUUCUGGCGCGGUUGUUGGUGGCGGCGGUGAGAUUGAGGUUGAGACUAGAAAUAUCGGAGGAGCUUCGUCGAUUGUUAAAGGUCCUGUGUUUGAGUCUAAGGAGGAAGAAGAAGAGGAGGAGGAAGAAGAAGAGGAAGCUGAAGAGUUUGUUGAAGGAGACGAGGGGGAAAUUAGGGUUUUCGAAGAACCCAACGUGGGGAAUGUAAUUGAAGACAGAGUGGAGGAAAUUGUUGAGGAAGAGGAGGAAGAAAAGGAAGAAGAAGUUGUUGAAGAAAUAGAAGAACAGGAGCAUAUAUCGGAGCUUGAGUUGAAGCCCAUGAAGGACCACAUAGAUCUCGAUUCACAGACCAAAAAAAGGGAUUUGAAGGAGAUUGCGGGUAGUUUUUGGUCCGCGGCUUCGGUUUUCAGCAAAAAAUUGCAGAAAUGGAGGCAGAAGCAGAAGAUGAAGAAGCGUCAAAACGGUGGCAGUUCAGCCACAUUGCCGGUGGAGAAGCCAAUCGGUAGACAGUUCAGAGAAACCCAGUCAGAGAUCGCAGACUAUGGCUUCGGUCGGCGGUCCUGCGAUACUGAUCCUCGGUUCUCGCUUGACGCCGGUCGAAUGUCGUUGGACGCGGGUCGUAUGUCGUUUGACGACCCGAGGUACUCGUUCGACGAGCCUCGAGCUUCUUGGGAUGGCUACUUGAUUGGCCGUACAUUCCCGAAAAUGCCUACCAUGGUUUCAGUGGUGGAGGACCCUCCUCCGGUGCACGUUAUGAGGUCCGACAACCAAAUCCCAGUCGAAGAGCCCAUCAAUGAGGACGAGUCCGUUCCGGGUGGGUCAGCACAGACCCGAGACUAUUACUCUGAUUCAUCCUCUCGUCGGCGGCGAAGCCUCGAUCGAUCGAACUCGAUAAGGAAGACGGCCGCAGCUGUGGUUGCCGAGAUGGACGAAAUAAAAUCAAGUUCCAACGCUAAGGUGUCUCCGGCCACCGUUGAUUACUUCCCGGGGCCGAAACUGGUGGUUCCGGAUAGAGAUUCUAGAGAUUCCAACUCAAAUUCUUUGAGGGAUGACUGCUCCGAAACUUUUGACAUGGGGUUCCGAGACUCGGCCUCGGUGAUCGGUAAUGGGGAUAGAAAAGGUCCCAAGAAGUCCCGCCGGUGGAGCAAGGCGUGGAACAUUUGGGGGUUUAUUCACAGGCGUGGGAACAAGGAUGAAGACGAAGACAGAUACAGCAGAGCCAAUGGUGUGGAGCGUUCGUUCUCAGAGUCAUGGCCUGAGCUUAGAGGAGAUCGAAACGGCGAUGUUCGUGGAGGUUUCAAUCCGAAGAUGCUUCGGAGCAACAGCAGCGUUAGCUGGAGGAACUCACAGGGCUUUGGUGGAGGAGGGCCCUUCGGUAGCAUGAGGAAGAGCAACCCCUCCUCCGUCGCCUCUACCACCACUGCCGCCGCCGCCGAGACUAAUGGGCAUGCUCGGAAGAAGAAAGAUGAAGUUGUUUUGGAGCGAAACCGCAGUGCAAGGUAUUCCCCGAACAACAUUGAUAAUGGGCUUUUGAGGUUUUAUUUAACUCCGAUGAGGAGUAGCCGGAGGAGUGCAAAUGGGAAAAGUAGGUACAACCAGGCACAUUCCAUAGCCAGAAGUGUACUUCGAUUGUACUAAGAAGAAGAUUAAAAAAAAUGAGUACUUGAAAAUGAAUUAAGGUCCAUAAGUUGUUCUUUUGGGUUAUUAAUUUAUGUCGUUAAUUUUGCUGCUUUUGUUGUGUAAAACUACACAUGCCUUUGUAUUCUUCUUAAUGGUUGGUUGGUUGGUUGGUUGGAUUAUUGAAAAAACAAAAAAAUUCCUAAAAUUUGUUUCUUUCUUUGUGAUUAGCAUGCUUAUCUUAUACUAUAAUAACAAAAAUUUCAAUGCUUUAUUUUUUGUUUU